GAGAGACUCGUCUCGUCAAGCUAACGCCCGCUCGCCUUAAGACGUACGGACCCCUUCACGCCUCAACUCCUCUGUGUAGCGACUAUAAAAGCUUGCUGAGUAGUAUUAAGUGUUGACUCCACUAUCCCAGUGCUCUCCUACGCAGUGCAGAGUCAUGCAGGCGAUUCGAGAGACUAUCUACUCGUUCAAGGCGCGUUGGUUCGACACACAUGCCCAACUUAAUCGCCAAUACAAUGUGCGGUACUUCGUGGACACGCACAACGUCGAGAUCUUCGACACUAAAACUAGUCGCCUGUUCCUCAAGAAGAGCGAAUGUCCAGCCACACUUUCGGCCAAGGACUUUUUCUUGGGGGCCAAGGUGCUUAUCUACGGCCGCCACUUCGAGCUACAGGACUAUCUAGACCCAUUCACAGCCGAGAAGCUCGGGCGACAGCAGCAGAAGUCCGUGUUAGUGAUCAAAGCACGCAUGGUGGACCAUGUCGGUGCCGUGCUGGAAUUCCUUUCGCACCAGCAGUUCGCUUUCUCUGCGGUUAAGAUGAUGCAAGUGAGACGUCCCCAUGCAGAGAAGUUGUUCGAGUUGCAACGCGGAACGGACGACUUUGAACUGAGAGUUAAUCAACUGGCUGGGGCCCCUAUUGUAGCAAUGGAGCUCGUACAGGAGAACUGCCUCGAGACACUUAAGCAAGUAGUGAGCAACUUAAGCACACGCUUUGACGCCGAACCUGGCGAGUUCGAGAGCGCGUCGUCCGUUCUAGAAGCGCAACAGCUCCGCAGCUUCUACUUCGAGACGCCACACGCCCCGACCGCUACAUUCGAGCACUGUACGUGUUGCGUGGUGCUCCCACAUGUGAUAAAGGAAGGGCUGGUUGGAGAGGUGGUGUCUGCUAUCCAGCGCGACGGCGGUGUCCGGAUCACGGCCAUGGAGCUCUUCACCCUCGAUCGCACCACCGCUGCAGAAUUCCUCGAGGUCUAUGAAGGUGUCGUGCCGCACUUUAACGAGUCUGUGGACCACUUUACCACCGGUCCUUGUCUAGCGAUGGAGCUGGUGGGGCAACACACCAAAGACGUCGUGACCCAGUUCCGUGCCAGCGCUGGUCCCUGGGACGUCGAGAUGGCCAAGGAACUCCAGCCACAGACGAUCCGUGCUAAGUUCGGCCAUGAUCGCGUCCGCAAUGCUGUGCACUGCACCGACCUCGCUGAGGACGGUGUCCUGGAAUGCCAGUACUUCUUCGACAUCCUGUCGCGACGCCAACUGCGUGGCUAAUUCCGUCAUCCUCUAGUGUGCCAACCCAUAGCUCCAACGGUUUCCUGAUCGAAGCUCCACAGCGUUCAGCAGUCUUCCUUUUCCGUCUUCAGCCAUCAACAAUCUUCCACAAAAUCAGUAUACAGAAAACAAAGCAGCACAGUGAAAAAUAGGCACCACUCAGCGAUCUCACAUUAUAAUGGAGUCCUGUAGCUCAGUGAGCUUAGUAUCUGUACUUGGUAGAGUAGUCUUUGGGCGAGAUGACAAGGCCACGGCCCUUGCGUGCGCCGCGAUAGACUGUCUCGAUGAUGUCGAUCAUCUCGCCU